UUUUUCUCUUUUUUCCUUUUUUUUUAUUAUUUUAAAUAUGGAACAAGCUACAAAUUCAGUAUUUUCAACUUCUUCAUAUCAAAAACAGCCACUGAAAACAAAUCCAUCAGAGCUAAUGUGUGGGUCUCAAAUGUUUAACUAUAAUCAAGCCUGCGCAUUACUGCAAGCUAUUGAAUUAAAUGGACGGAAACGAUUGAGUAAAAAGUGUGUUGCUCAUUUAGCAGUGUUUGUAUUACAGGCUUGGGAAGAUAAAAUCUGUCAAGAAAAGAUUCAAAGACUUUAUUGUAUGAUGAAUAAUUUAUUAGAUACAACGGGAAUGGAUCCAAAUGAGCCAUUUGAGAUUUCGCUUCAAAACUUUUGUCAAAACUCGAUAUCAAUACCUUCCAUUUGCCCUAGUAUUACAUUAUUAGUAGCUAUUAGUUAUGUAGAAAGAUUAAAUAAGCGUUAUAGAGAUUUGAAAGGAACACCUGGUUGUGGAUUUAGAAUCAUGAUGGUGGCUUAUAUUAUGGCAGCAAAAUACAUUCAUCGUUGUCUUCAGUUAAUUAUAUACACAAAUAGUAGACAAUCAAAUAAUACUACUCCUAUUACCCCUCCUACCUCACCCAAGAUAAUGUCAGGCAAUGCAUCUUUAACAUAUACCAACAAUUCCCUUUUAGAUAUAGUCCAUGAUGAUCGAAAUAUAAGAAUUAAGCGUAUGGAGCAGGAGUUUUUAUGCUUUUUAAAUCAUGAUUUAUCAGUACAAGAUACUCUAUUAUUAGUUUAUUGGGCAAGGACUUACGAUAAUAAUGAUACUUUAGAAGAUAAAAUUGAAGAUAAUUAUACUUCUGCAGACGAAGGUGACGAUGAAAUGGAUGAAGAAGAGUUAUGAUUAUAGAUUCAUAUCUGUUUAUGCAUGCAUGCUACUGUAUUAUAUAUUUUAAUAAAAUUUACCUUGUGUUUCUAAAUGA